GACGCCACCGAAGAAGAAAAAGGCGGAAGUUAACAGUGCAUCGCUCACAGAGGCCUUGUGUUCGUAUCAAGUCUUUGCUUUCGAGUGUUUUCACCGUGCUUUUCUUCGUAAGAACCCGUUUCUUGUAUGAAAAAAACGAUAAAACGUCACAUUCGCGUACAGUCUCGCCGCUCUCGAUGCGCUUUGAAGCUUGUCUCAAACGAGCUCACCUUGUUAGCUGCUAACAAAGAGACGCGGAAGUUAGCAUCCCGUGCUAAUGCUGCCACCCGUCGUGUUGUGUUAGAAAAUGCGCACAAAGUCUGACAGCGUUGGCGAAUGAGCGACUCGUUGUCUCUGCCGAAGAAAUAUUUGUAGCUUGAAAAAGGAAGCAAGCGGAGAACGAGGAGGAACUUUGUGGAACAAUAGAGGAGAAGGUCAACUACUGAACGCCGCUGUCACGCCUCAAAUGGAGUCACACGGAGAAGACAUCCGUGAAGAUGAAGAAGAUCUUCCCCUUGAGCAUCAGGAGUGGCGCUCCCGGGUGGCGCAGGAGGAGCCACGGCAUCUCUACAUUAAAGAGGAGGAGGAGGAGCAUAGCAUCAGUCAGGAGGAGGCCGACAUCAGCACGUUUCCGGUGAUUCGUGUGAUUGUGAAGAAUGAAGAUGACGAGGAUGAGGCUCAGUGGCCGCAGCUCGAUGACCGUCAAAGUGUGGCAACGAGAAGAUCGGAAGCGGACAGCCUCUUAGCUCCACUGUCCGACAGCGAUCAGACCGACGAUGAAUACCCCAAAGGGGAUCGAUCGCAAAAAGGCAGCAAAGACUUUCAAUGUUCUCAGUGUAACAAAGCUUUUGGCAGAAAGCGGAAUUUGAAAACACACAUGAUGGUCCACACCGGAGAGAAACCUUUCAUUUGUUCCAUCUGCGGUGGAGGUUUCUCUCUCAAAGGCACCCUGACCAUACACAUGAGAACACACACAGGGGAGAAACCUUUUCCCUGUGAAGUUUGCGGCGAAAGAUUCUCUCAGAAAGUCAACUUAACAAAACACAUGAGAAAGCACACUGGGGAGAAACCGUUUCCCUGCUCGAUUUGUGGGGAGAAAUUCUCCCAGAAAGGAAAUUUGAUGAUACACAUGAGAUGGCACACAGGUGAGAAACCCUUUGGCUGUCCAAUUUGCGGAGAAAACUUCUCUCAAAAAGGAAAUUUAAUGAUCCACGUGAGAACGCACACCGGAGAAAAACCUUUUCCCUGUGAAAUUUGCGGACAGACAUUUGCCAGGAAAGACAUUUUGCUGAAACACACACGAACACACACUGGCGAGAAACCUUUCACUUGCUCAGUUUGCGGCGAGAAAUUUGCUCAGAAAGGCAACUUGAAGACGCACACCAGGAAACACACCGGAGAGAAACCUUUUAGCUGCAGCCUGUGUGACAAGAGGUUCGCUUACAAGUAUCAGCUGAACAAACACAAGUGCGGAAGUGAGCUCGGCGGCAGUAAGUCCAAUCCGAACGAGUCCUCAGGGCGUCAAAAAGUUUGAAAAAAUGGACAAUAGGUCAAAAACAUUUGUGAACGUAUGGCGCUUAAGUCACACCAAAAUCGAAAUUGCUUCCAUGUGUGACGUCAGCGCGCCUCGCACCGUCUUAUUUCACUGUGAAGUCGCUGUGAAACGUGAUAUUUGUUCAUAAAAUACACUAUAUGCUUUAAUGAGAGCUUUAAUGUAUAUAAUGUUAUCGGAUCUGCAUUAAAAGUUGUGUGGCUUAGUGAAAGAAUUGAGAAAAGAGCAACGAGCCUUUGAAUCAUGGUUUUUAUACAAAAUGUGAUACUUUCCCAACCGC